UGCGUAAGAAGCGCAGCUGGCCGUCGGGAAGGGAGGAACUACAAGCAGAAGAUUAAACGUGCGCACAAUCCUCUUGUCUGCAAAUGUUUAACAGAAACAGUAUUCUUCAUUAAGAGGAUGUUUGCAUGUGUUCUGUUCACAAAUAAACGCCUAGACGACGAUUAACUUCACCGUAGAAAUAAGAGAAAUAUAAAAUGGCUAGCAGCUGAAAAUUGACAUGCUGUGGCAACAAUGUCAAAGAAAGAAGAUUCAGGAGGAAAGAAAUGUUCCCACCACACAGAACUUUACGCAGAGGUCCCUGCGUCAUGCCUGCCCAUUGUAUAUUCCCCAGAGUACAACAUCACCUUCAUGGGCCUGGAAAAGCUGCAUCCCUUUGACGCUGGCAAGUGGGGAAAGGUCAUUCGCUUCUUGAAAGAAGAGCAGUUCAUCACCGAUGAGAUCAUUGUUCUGGCUCGGGAAGCCAGCGAGGCGGAUCUUCUUGUGGUUCACACGGCACGGUACCUGAACAGACUUAAGAACGCUAUCUUGGAGGGCUCCAGAGAGUGGUCUCUGGUGGUUGCCACUAUCACAGAAAUCCCACCUCUCCUGUUUCUGCCUAACUUCCUGGUACAGCGCAAAGUGCUGAGACCAUUACGAACACAAACAGGAGGAACCAUCAUGGCUGGAAAGCUGGCAAUAGAUCGAGGAUGGGCAAUAAAUGUUGGAGGAGGCUUCCAUCACUGCUCAAGUGACAAAGGAGGAGGUUUUUGUGCCUAUGCUGAUAUCACACUUGCUAUCAAGUUUCUCUUUGAGAGGGUUGAGGGAGUUGCCAGUGCCACCAUCAUUGAUCUGGACGCCCAUCAGGGAAACGGCCACGAGCGGGAUUUCCUGGAAGACAGACGCGUUUACAUAAUGGAUGUCUAUAAUCGCCACAUCUAUCCAGGAGAUGGAUAUGCAAAGAGGGCGAUUAAACGGAAAGUGGAGCUGGACUGGGGAACCGAAGACAGUGAAUAUCUACAGAAGGUGGAUCUCCAUUCAGAAGGGGCACUGAAUGAAGCACGGCCUGACAUUAUCAUAUACAACGCAGGAACAGACAUCCUUGAUGGAGAUCCACUCGGGGGCCUGGCUAUUUCCCCACAGGGUAUCAUAAAGAGGGAUGAGAUCAUCUUCAGGGCGGCCCGGAGGCGAGGAAUCCCCAUCCUAAUGGUGACAUCAGGAGGCUACCAGAAGAAAACGGCCCGUAUCAUCGCUGACUCCAUCCUCAAUCUUCACAGACAGGGUUUGAUUGGUGAAGAGGCUUUAGAUGUUGCGGGACCCUCACACGUGUCACUUAUGAUGAGUAAAUCUGUGUCAUCAGGUUCUACGCUUGCUGCCAUUUAAAUGCUCCUAAUCUGGGACUUCUUUAAGUGUGUCAAACACGCUGUUAAUCUACCUAAUACAAACAUUUAGAACUAAUAUUAAAGGUUCUGGUCAGGGAUGAUCUGGUGGUUUGGAUUGAGGUUGACUCAGGAUUUUUAAACUUUUUUUGUAUUUAUAAGUCAUUCUUUGUGAUCUUUUGUUAAAGGUUAGGAAUAUCUUCCAUUUGAAUGCUUGUUUGCACAUAACAUCUUGAGAGGGAAUAGUUUACCCAUAAAAAAAAAAAUCAUCAUUGAAUCAUCUUCGUUUCAAACCCAUUCAGUAGUAUGAAACUAUUAAAAAAGAUGUAUAAAGAUGAAACAAUAGUUCUCAUUUUACGUUUCACAGAAGGAAGAAGAUUCUAUAGAUUGGAAUCUGUAUUGUUGUGUGAACUAUUUAGCUAAACCUUUUUUACUAGGUACUGUACUCACUGAUUGAGAAUUUGAGGGAUAUUGACUUCAGAUUUAAGUCAUUCCUUUUGAUUUUUAAGGAUAAAGAUUAGGAAAAAUCUUCAAUUUGAAUGUUUUUUUUAUUUAUUUAUUUUUUUUGCACUUAGCGUCUCUUUAAUAGUUUAUCCAUUUAUCCAUAAGAAAAUCUGUCAUCAUUGAAUAUCCUUCAUUUCAAAUCCAUUCAGUAGUAAGAAUUUUCUUUUUCUUUCAUGGCCACAUAGCCCUCACCGUGGCUGAAACAGACGCUGACGCAGCAACUCUAAAAAAAUUGAACUUCAGACUAAAUGCAAGCUCUGUGAUUGGUCGACUUGGUAGCAGUGACUAGUGCGGGCGGUGCUGAGAGCCACGAGCCCAGUGGAGUGAGUAUUUACAAGUGUCGGGUCCUUUGUUUACCUUAUGAUUAGUUGUUAUCGUCUGUUGGUUCCUAACUCUGAAUGAGCAAGUUUUAGCUUAGGUUUAGCAAAAACAAAACACCCAUGAAGAAACUCGACACUGAGGAACAUAAAAACCCACUGCCAGCUGGAGUUUUGGAAUUUUAAUUGCAAUACAAACAGCACGCAGAAGUAUAAAUGGAUGACUAGGCACAAGCAAAGAGUUUAGAGUUACCAAGAGGCGACACUCAACAGAAUGUUCCUUUGAAACAGCAGCGCUCAGCAACAGCCCCCAGUGAAAGCGAUCAGCCGUCAAUUGGAUCAUAUUGCUGUCACGAUGACAAGCUGCUUUGUUUUUUAAAAAGAUAAACCUGAAAGACGACAAUACAACACUUACUAUCACAAGACUGGUGAUCAUCAGCACUUUUAAUAUUUUACAGACUUUUUAAAAAUACAUUUUUACCAUACUUGUUUUCUUGAAACGGUCAAGUCUAGAUGAAAUUACUUUAAUUUAAUAGUUUACGCACUGGAAUGAUAAAAAUGAAUACUGACAUGUUAAAUUAUAUUAACAUGACUUUUAAAAUGGGACAUUGAUAACCGAAUGACUGAACAUACAAUUUUUGUUGUAGUGUUAGCUGUAUGUUAUGUUCAGGGCUUAAUUUUGGCUGAAACAUGCCUCUACAUCCUCGGGUAACAAGCCGGAUCUGUUAACCCGAUCUGUUCCAGGACCUCGCCUAGUACAUAAAAGGCCUCUUUCUCCAAAAUGAUUAAAUUCUGACAAAAAUUCAUCAUAUAGGUUACCACACGUUGCGUAUAUGUGUAUAUGGAUAAAUGUGUGCAUAUAGUAUAAUAUUUUAACUUAAAUUUAACUCAAUAUUUUGAUUAAUUUUGUCUAACGUUAGUUAUCCGUGUUGUCCUAAUUGAAUGUUCAUUCCAAAAUGGCCGUUGCGUGACACUAGCGGCGUAUAGUGACUGUUUUCUCAAAUAGCAACAGAGUUGUGCCUCUUAGAAAUUUCAUUGCUCUUUAGUCCAAGGCAAGCGUCGUGGGUCACAGCGUUCGCUCGACACAGAAGUUUAAAUCAGCCUUAUGUCACCUUUCCACUGCACACAACAUUUGGACACGACUGUUGGAACGCGCUCGGACAGCACUGGAAUACAUCACAUUUGUUCGGCCAGUCGCAAACAGUCUAGUCUCAGGAGUUCAAAUGUUUUAAUGCAUCCGCAGCUCAAAUCGGAUCCGAAUUUUCAGCUUACGGAGAUGAGCAGAACUCCUGGACUACUCUCCAUUGGAAAUGAAUGACUUCCGGUCUGUCAUUUGUCGUGUGUAGUGUAAAGGCAUCCCCAGUUUAAGAAACACAAACACACAAAAUAAUAUACCGUACCAUAAACCACAAGUAGAUUUGAUUGAGCGAUUUGUGGCAGCUCUCUCCAGCAUUAAAUUAGAUUCAUUCAAUAUUAAAUUACAGCAAUAUGAAUCAAUUUUGGAGUCAUUAUGGAUUCCUCGUCGCUCAGACCCGCUCUCACGCCUGGAAUUAUUCUGUGACAUUAAAUGGAAGUUGCUCUUAGAGACGUGGUUUUUGUGACCACCAGUUUUAGCGGCGUGCAGGAAUUCUCAUUUGUGUGCAUCAGCAGGUGGACCACUGUCAGGCUGAGUGCUUUCUAUCAUAUUACGCCUGGCAGGCUUUUUGAAAUGUCUUGAGGCCGAGGCCGGCCUUCUCUCUAUUAGGAAAUGAAACUCUUCAUUGGAGAGUCUGAGAGACAGUGCAGUUGCUUACCAGUGACAGUUCUAAAGCUGUGAUCUUGUCUGCCUCAAUUUAAGAAAAUGCCUCCUGUCAUCUAGAGAAUAAAUAGGAGAUGAUGAUACUCUUUUCCCUCUUUUUUUUUUUUUUCGAUAUUAAAUUCGGGUUUGAAAUCAAGAUUCUCAGUAUUUUUGUUUUAUGUGGUUUUUAUUUUUAGACAUCAGGUGUGGAAAGAUACUAUUUUUGCUCAAGGAGUUUAUUACCGAAGACAGAUUUAUGAUUGGGUUUGUCACUAUGCUGGCAUUAUAAGCUUUCGAGUUUAUUUUAAGGAAGUUCAUACAAAGUGAAAAUCCUGCCAUCUUGUAUUUAUCUAGUCUUAUGUCAUUUCAGAUCUGUUUAAAAAAAAAA